AGUACAGCCGGUGGGGCGCUGGCCAGUCAUGGCGGAACCUUGGUCUGGGCAGUUUUUGCAAGCUCUGCCCGCUACGGUGCUCGGAGCGCUGGGCACCUUGGGCAGCGAGUUCCUGCGGGAGUGGGAGACACAGGACAUGCGAGUGACUCUCUUCAAGCUGCUCUUGCUGUGGUUGGUGUUAAGUCUCCUGGGCAUCCAGCUGGCGUGGGGGUUCUACGGGAACACAGUGACCGGGUUGUAUCACCGUCCAGGUCUGAGUGGCCAGAAUGGAUCCACACCUGAUGGCUCCACACAUUUCCCUUCAUGGGAAAUGGCAGCAAAUGAACCUCUCAAAACCCACAGAGAAUAAGGGAAGGCAACAGCAGAAGGGUCUCCAGAGACACCACUGGGUCUGCUGUCUCCUAGGCUGCAUCCUGCUGCUGCCCAGACCCCUUGGAAAACUGCAGAGGGCUUGGGGUUGGGGGACUGGAGUACCACAGUGCUUGCAGGGUGAGCCUCUGUUGCCUUCAGGCUUGCCUCCGACAGCUCCAGGUACCGGGCAGGUGAAGUUUGUCUCUACCAUGUGUCUUGCCCUAAGACUUCUGUCAAGGGUUAGAACUGGGAAGCAUCUUGGUUGGGAAGGUCAGCAGUCCCUUUUUCACCUUGUCUUUUUCCUGUCCUCUUCAUUCCCUUAGGGUGUGAUCUUACAGAGAUUUGCCCUUCUAAGAGGAAUCUUGAGGUUAACCAGUUCUGAGAUUUAUGAGAGAAGUCUGUUCUCCCCUAAGCCUUGAUUUCCUUGGCUUUGCUUUGUAGGCAAAAAGCCAGGUAAUCCUGGCCAAACAUGGACCUCCCUCCCCAGUCAGUCUUUCAGGUCAGAGGCAGGCAGAGGAAGUUAUCCUUUCCCAGCUGACCUGUUUCUCUGUUCUUUGAGGGCAAGUUGAGUACCUGAGCUGAGAGGCACCGAGUGCACCUAGAGUCCCUGGUAUUGGCUACCAGCUCCCCUGCUUAAGUGCCCAUGGGGUGUUUUGGUUUGUACCGUGUCACCUCCUAGGAAGGUACUAAGCAGUUAGUGCAAUGACUUCAUUGUGCCCUGCAGCCUUAUCACUUCCCAUCUGGACAAGGGUUCAUCCUAAGAGCCUGCUAGUAUCAUUUCAGCCCCUAAAAAUAUCAGUAAGAGUGAGCCACUAGCCAGAUAGCCCUGAGCCCUUCACAGUGGGUCAGAAGAGGUUCUGAGGUUCUGGGGUGGGUGGCAAAUGUCCCCAGGGAAACACCACUUCCUGAGAACACUAUGGUUCCUAAAAGCAUUGUGGCCCUGGAUCUAUCUCCUCUAGUGGUUGUACUUCUGCCUGUCUCUGCUGGGCCACUGGCUACCUCAGGUGUCCCACUGUCUCUUUGUUAGAUGUCACAUAGGCUUCUGGCAGCCUUUGUCUACAGACUUUGUAGCAGGUGUACUAUAAAUGAAACUGUACUGAACUCCUCAUGCACAAGUACCUACUCCAGCGAUGCAUCUGUAUGGCAGAAAGAUGUUCUUCACAGUCUCAGGUCCACCCCCUGACAUCCCUACCAAGAGGCAAGGUCUCGUACUCCAUCUCAGGAGCAACUGAAGAUGUGGCAUAUUAAACAAAGAAGUGCAUCAGUCGUGUGGUUAUUCCAACAGGACAAGGGUGUGUGCACACAGGCAACCAGUAAGGGAUCGUGGGUGUGUUGCCCUCAGGAUCCAAAAUACAGUAAUUUGCAGAGAUGGAGAACUGAUGCCAACUCCCUAGAGUGGUGGUAGAUUGCCUACCAGGGACAAUAUCCCCAUUAGGUUUGGGGAUGUGGGAGUGGGAGGGAUAGAGUUGAAUUAGUGUCUCAUGUUGUCCAAGCCGGCCUUCAAUUCAACAUAUUGCCGAGGAUGACCCUGAACUCCCAACACUUUUGUCCCCAACUCACAAGUCCUGGGACUAAAAGGGGAUGCCACCACACCACUUCUAUAUCCCUGUUAGUUUAUAUAUUUGGCCUCUUUCAAGGAGAGCUUACUCAGAACCUGUGUUGGAAGCCAAGAAGACAGGCAUUGGGUUGGUACCCCAGGAACCCAGUGAACAAGGGAACAAUAAAGCUAGAG